AUGAAGUUAUUACUCCUAGCAUCGGUUCCGAUUGCAAUUUACGCACUCUUGUCGUCGCUUUAUUACACGUGGUUACCAACAAACUACAAGUUUGACAAGCGGAAACUCCUCGAGUUGGUUCAAGAGACACUAUCUCACCACCCCAGCCAAAAUGCAACGGCGAUAAUGGUCGAUCUAGGCUCGCGCCUCAAGCGCGAGUACCCCGAUAUCGUCAAUGAGUUGAAUUUCAAAGACUGGGUAUUUAACAACGCUGGGGGAGCAAUGGGCACCAUGUUCAUUCUCCAUGCGUCCAUUUCGGAGUACUUGAUCUUUUUCGGCACGGCCGUAGGCACAGAGGGCCACACGGGCGUCCAUUUCGCCGACGAUUAUUUUUACAUCUUACGCGGAGAAGAACGAGCUGCAAAACCGGGCAAACUCGAGCCCGAGGUGUACCACCCUGGCGAUGUCCAUCAUUUCGCGAGAGGCGAAGUUAAACAAUACGCCAUGCCUGGCGAGUCGUGGGCCUUGGAGUAUGCUCAGGGCUGGAUUCCUUCCAUGUUGUUUUUCGGGUUUAUGGAUUCCUUCACCUCGACCUUGGAUUUCAACACGUUGUUCUGGACUUGCUAUCUCACGGGACGGGACAUGAUUGGUAACUUGCUAAAGGGGAAAUUCUAA